GUGUACCGUUACGUCUAACGUCUUUGGUACGUGUGAGGCCCACAACAAACUGAGCUUAAGUGACACUGAAAGCAGUUUAUAGUAGUUUUUUUAAUGGGUGGACAAAAAUUUCAGUAUGAUGAAAGCGGUGGAACGUUUUUCUACUUUUUAUUGUCAUUUUUGGCGUUACUUCUCAUACCAGGAACUUAUUAUUGGUGGCCACGUAAACGACGCGAAGAUCCGGCCAAAUAUGAAAAGGAGUGCCAUUGUGAUGACUGCAAAAAGAAAAAGCUUAUACUCCAGUCAAAUGAACCAUGGAAAGGCACAAAACAGAUGCUUACGAAACUUCUUAUUAUAUCUGGAUGGUUGAUAUUAGCACUCUUGGCAUACAAAGUUUCCCAGUUUGAUUAUGAAUAUGCAAAUUUUGAUCCAUAUGAGAUCCUUGGAAUACCUCUGGGUGCAUCACAAGCUGAUAUCCGUAAACAAUACCGUAAACUGUCACUUAUUCUGCAUCCAGAUAAGGAAACAGGAAAUGAGAAAGCAUUCAUGAAAUUGACUAAAGCAUAUCAGGCUCUGACUGAUGAGGAGGCACGGCGUAACUGGGAGAAGUAUGGGAACCCUGAUGGCCCUGGUGCUAUGAGCUUUGGCAUAGCACUUCCAUCAUGGAUCGUUGAGAAAGAGAACUCUGUUUGGGUUCUUGGAUUAUAUGCUCUUGUUUUCAUGGUUGCUCUGCCCACUGUUGUGGGAAUGUGGUGGUACAAGUCCAUUCGAUAUUCUGGAGACCAGGUUCUGCUUAAUACUACACAGAUGUAUUACUAUUUCUUUCAUAAAACACCUUCAAUGGCUCUAAAAAGGGUAAUUAUGAUCCUUGCAGCCUCACUGGAGUUUGAGAAGAAGCACAACAGUGAGAUUGUUGAGAGACCAACAGACAAUGAAGAAGUUCCUCAUCUCAUUAAGCAGAUACCAAACCUCAGUGAGAAGAAUCGUGAGCGACCACUGUGCUUCCUGUACUCUUUGAAGGCACGUGCAAUCAUUCAUGCCCAUCUGUCUCGAAUUCCUCUCAAUCCAGAAACUCUUGAUAAGGAUCGGCAGUACAUUGUAAAGAAAUGUCCGUAUCUUAUCCAAGAAAUGGUCAACUGUGUGUCCCAGCUCAUUCUUCUGGCAUAUGCCAGGCGAAUACCAAGACUGCCAAAUAUUGAGACAAUAGAAAACUGUAUGAAACUGUGUCCAAUGAUAGUACAGGCUAUGUGGGAAUAUAAAAGUCCACUCUUACAGCUGCCAUAUGUUACAGAUGACAAUUUGAAGUAUUUUGUAAAUAAAAAGAGAUAUAUAAAAACAAUUCAGCAGUUUGCUCAAUUAAAACAUGAAGAGAGGAGGAGCAUUUUACGCAAUCUUUCUGAUGAACAAUACCAUGAUGUUAUGAAGGUUGCAGGGAAAAUGCCUUAUAUUGAGUUUAAAGUGAGAUCUGAAGUGAUUGAUGAUGAAAAUCCAACUGUCUACACGGCAGGGGCAAUUGUCACUGUGACGGUAACACUAAUACGUCACGACAUGAGCAUCCUCUUUGGGGAUGAUACAAAGGCAGCACAACAUGCUCCUCCCCAGGAGAUGUUGGAAGAUUUAGCAGAGAAAGAAAAAGAGCAGGAAGAUCAGGAGCAGCCUCCAAAGAAAGAAGAACAGGCCAAAAAACCAGUGUGGCAAAAGCAACAGAAGAAGGGCAAAAAAACGAAUAAGAAGAGCUCCAGGGGCCAAAAAACUUCAUCCAGAAGUACACCUGCCAAGAAGGUUGAUGAAAAACCUCAGGCUCCAUCCGAGCAGUCUCAUGAGAUACCUACAAAGAAGGUUGCUGCAGAGUCAGGAGAUGAAAGUGAUAUGUCAGAUGAUGAUGUGGAGCGGUCUGAUGAUGAAGAGAAUGAACAUAGUCAGGGAGACAAGAAGGGUUCUUCUGUGGAAGAUGAUGACACUGAAUGGGAGAAAUUCCAGGCUCGAUUGCAUAAACGAGAAAAAGUUUUGGAGGGUAGAAGUAAGCAGUCUCAUAGUGUGCACUGCCCAUUUUUCCCAGAGGAUAAACAGGAAUACUGGUGGGUUUAUAUCAGUGAUCGGAAGAGCCACACUUUACUAACUUCUCCAUACCAUGUGACAGCUCUUGUGGAGGAAGAGGAAGUGCAGUUAAAAUUCACUGCCCCACGAUGGCCUGGCAUCUACACGUUCACUGUUUGUCUGAAGUCAGAUUCGUAUCUUGGCUUUGACCAAAUGCAGGACAUAAAGCUGGAUGUGAAAGAAGCUCCUGAAAUACCAACAGAGCAUCCUCAGUGGGAAAUGUCAGAUGAGGAGGAAGAUGAACAAGAGGCUGAAGGAAGUGAUGUGUCAGAGUUCACCACAGAUGAGGAUGUUGAAGAUGAUCAGGAUUAACACAGUUUCAGGACAGAUAGUACAGAUCUGUACAAUGUACUGAAGAAAGAAGAAGUAUGAAGAAGUAUGACGCUUGAGCUGCAUGUCAUAUGGAGUUAUGGAGUUACUCUCUCAUGACACAUAGACAGUACAUGUGAACAUGUGAACUGUUAUACUUAAUUUAUUUGUUGUAUUUGUAUAAUUUCCAUGGGUGUGUUUUGUGUAAAGCAAAUCUUUUUGCAUUUUUUGUGUACAUCAUUGCCCAACCACAGAGCAGCAUUUUCUUGUAUGGUUCAGUGACUACUUCUUAAAAUAUUCAAAGUGAUAACAAGAUUUGAGUGUUACCUCUCUCUCUCUCUCUCUCUCUCUCUCUCUCUCUCUCUCUCUCUCUCUCUCUCUCUCUCCUCUGUUCUCUCGCUGUGGAUGCGCUCAUGCUGUUGAAGUGGAAUGUGUGUGUGAGUCUGUGUUUGUUGCAAAAAAUGGAGUUGGGACUAUCAUUUAAUCAUUCCUUGCUCGUACAGAAUUAGCAUGAAAUGUUUUCUCUUGGAUUCCUAAAUGCAGCUUGUUUUGGCUUCCAUUGAAAGCUAUGUUUGUAAUAGACAUUCUGGUUUUUUAUGUCACCAUAGUCCCUUUUGUUCCUUUGUGACUGAACAGAGACAGGGGAAGGUUUUGCACAUUAUCUUGUAGUGAGGUAUUUUUAUUUUUGAAAUAAUAGGGUAUUCAUCUUUUUUAUUGCUUUUUAUGCUUGCCUGUGAUUAGUGUGUGUAAUGAUUGGAUCAGUGAAAUUCAUACUCUAAAGAAAAGAGGACAGCAACUUUUUAAGUAGAUGUCAAUACAUGUGUUCAGAAACUGAAUAUGGUAUUAUCCAGAGAAAAUAUGUGGAGUAAUGUGGCAUGUUUGUUUUUUAUCCAGUGUCAGAAGUUUAAAAAUGAUUUCAAAGGAGUCAUAUUAUUAUUGCGUAAGGAAUAAAAAGCAGUGGAGCCUAUUUGUGAUUUAUUGUGUUUAGUCACUCCUCAUUUCAUUGUGAGGGGGAGGAAAAUCCUCAAAUCACAUUGAAUUGUAUUUCAAUUUUGAGAUCUUUGUUCUUCAUUUUUGUCUGUGCUGUUAAACAGGGAAACUCCACAAGGUGAUGAGUAAUUUCAGCAAAAAACUAUGCCUCUAAAUUGGUUGGAGGUCAAAUCAAAGAUCCUAUUUUUGAACAUACAUUUCUCUACAACUAUGAGGUUGGUGCUAUAUCCAGUACUGCUCCCAUUCCCAAACAGGCCUGCAUUUGUAUGAGGACUUAUAAUAUUUUUUAACUUAUUUGAUUGUGAAUCAGUUUAUGUAUGUGAAAGAAUGAAAUUAAUGUUGAAGCAUUUUUAUUUGAUAAAAGAAAAGGUCAAACAAUAUAAUAUUGUAUAUAUGAUAACGCAACAAUGUACGUUAGAAACAAAAAUGUUAUAAUUUGUGGGUGUUGAGUAACUAUUGAUGUUAAAUAUGAGACUGUAUUUUCUCAAAGGUGUUUAUAAACGUCAUAUAAUACAUUGGGCAUGAGCCUAAA